AACAAGCAAUCAUUUUUCAAUAUUCGUUUCAUUCUAGAAAAUAUUCUUAAACUACUAGAUGUCAAGAAACGAUUUGAAUUAUUACGCAUAACUACAGCGUCAUUAGGUUUAUCCGAUGUAAUUUGAUUGCAUGCAGAUAUUACAUCUCCUGUUCAAAGGCAUGGUGCAUAUAAUGUAUAGCCGACACUUUUCAAGAAAUUAAGAGUAAACAGAGACGCUGUAAGGACUUUGGAGUAAAACAGUAGCAUAUUCGACAGAAGAUGGGUCUUCCAUGAGUUACAGAUGCUGUGCCCCUCCCCCUUACUGAUGGCCUGCCCCAAACAAGGGGCACAAAAACAAUUCGGGAUACAAAGAAUUGUGCAGCUGCUAGAUCGCUUGGAUACUUCAAAUUACAUCGAAUUGUCGGCGCUUUGAACACUUACCAGUAACAAGGGUACUUGACAACUCCAGAUAUGGUCUCGCCGGUCACUGUGGUAAAAGCUGAGGGUCCAAAGCUGGUGCCCUUCUUCAAGGCCACCUGUGUGUACUUCGUCCUGUGGCUGCCCACCUCCAGUCCUUCCUGGUUCAGCGCACUCAUCAAGUGCCUGCCCAUCUUCUGCCUCUGGGUCUUUCUGCUGGCGCACGGCGUCAGCUUUUUAGGUGCCCACUCCAGUGCCCGAAAGAUCUUAGCUGGACUCAUAUUCUCUUCUCUGGGAGAUGCCUUUUUAAUUUGGCAGGAGCAAGGCUACUUCAGCCAUGGGCUUCUGAUGUUUGCUAUCACCCACAUCCUGUACUCCUCCGCCUUCGGCAUGAAGCCUCUGAACCUGAGGGCGGGCCUGGUGAUCGGGGUCGUCUCGGGGAUCUCCUACGCGCUGCUGUACCCCUACCUGUCGGGGCCGUUCACCUACCUGGUGGGCGUCUACGUCGCCAUCAUCGGCUUCAUGGCCUGGCGGGCCAUGGCGGGCGUGCAGCUGACCAACGACCUGUGGACGUGGACCCAGCUGUCGGCCUGCCUGGGCGCCGUGCUCUUUAUGGUGUCCGACCUGGCCAUCGCCGUCAACAAGUUCUGCUUCCCCCUGCCGUAUUCGCGCGCCAUCAUCAUGGCCACCUACUACGCCGCGCAGAUGCUCAUCGCGCUCUCUGCCGUUGAGUGCCAGGACGCCGAAGUGGCCAGGAAAAUAGCAUGAGAUAAGAUGCCCCCCCCGCCCCGAUCCCUCCAUUUGCCCCCAAUGCUGCCUCAGUACCCGCGCGUCGUCUGCCACCCACUUCAGGCCUAAAGGAGGACGCAGCAUACCUACCUGCCAGUUAUGGAUUUCCCCCAGGCCAAACCUUUUGCUUCUUUGCAUCCUUUUUGGCAUUUUUGCAUUUUGGGUUGGGGGAGACCCAUAAUAGGAGGGUGUUGGAUGCAUGAUGGGAGCAUUCAUGUACUGAAGGCUGCACUUUUUAGUCUAACUGCCCUGACCCAAACCCCACACCGUUAGUGCCCCUGUCACUCCACACUCCAAUCUGCCCUCACUCUCUAAUGGUCCAGGAUUAGCAUUUCAACCAGAGGCACCUCACCAAUGAAGUCCAAGCGUUGACUGACUGACAAAAGAUGGGGAGGAACCUUGCCCCCCCCCCCCCCCCCUACACACACACACCGCCAGGUAGCAGCCAUGUAUCCAACGUGCUGCCGAGGAAUAGUGUCCUCGUGUUUCUUUGUUUCUCUUGUGUCACUCCACACAACACUUCUGCCUUCUCUUUGCAUUAAUCAAUCGAUAAAUCAAACAAUCAAUUCUCUGUCCUGUGUUCGGUGAAACAGUUACCGCACGCUCUACCAGCGAUGGUGACAGAUCAGGUAGGGGGAGUUUGACCGACUCGCUGUCAGGGAGAGAAGGGGGAGAACAGUUGCGGAGAAUUCAGUGAACAUUUAAUUAUCCUUUGUUGUCGCAGGAGCUGUUAUUUUUCUCUUAAAUGUAUUUUUAUGAGACAUGACUGUGCUCGUGGGGGUGUGCGUGGGGUGGGGGAGAGGGUAAGAUGGAGGUGCUAAAUGGAUGCACAAGUUUGAAAUGCUGAAAGAAGGCACAUUCUGUCUUCUUUAGUCUUGCUGUCAGUGUUGUUCUGCGUGGCUCAUUCGCCACGUGUCUCUCCCCCCUCCAUUUCCGUGUGGUCAGUCUGUCAAACUGUAGCUGUUUCCUCAAGUGCUCCCAAAACAGAAGCUCAGAUGCUGGAGAAUAUUCCUGCAUAGGUUUCUUUGCUUUUGCUUUUCUGGUUCUGAUGGCGCCCCUAUUGCCAGAGCCCAGUCCUUUUCAGCCGACACAAACACCACAGGACAGCGUAACCACAGACCCUGUGUUUAUAAGAAACAGUGUUACACUGUUGCAGCUUUCACUUGCUCACCUGGAAGCCUAUAUUCACUCUGCACCCCCCCUGCAAAAAAAGGGAGAAAAAGACAACUUCACAAAUAUGCGCACAGCAAUGCAUGUCAUUCUUAUUUUACCCUUCAAUGCAAUUUUGGUAUGAGCCACUAUACCUUCUACUAAAGGUUAUGUUAUUGUUAUCAAUGUUCAAACUGUGUUUUAAUGUGUUACCAAAUUGUCAGAGAAAGAGAUUAAGGUUUCUUAUUGGUGUGACUGAAGUAGAAAGUACUUCUUCUGUGUGCCCACUGCUGCGGGCAGGUCAGAGCCUACUCAGGGGAUUUCCCAGUCUCUCCCAAUGGGUGAUUGCAUAGUUACUUGGAACCAUGAUAGUGAGCUGGGUGAAUGUUUCUUUUUGUCAUUACUAUGCCCCUUGCAGUUCCAGUUAUACUUAGACCCAGAGCCAAUGUGCACUGUGCCAUGAAUGAAUUCUCCUCAUACACAAAUGGAAAAGCUAGAUAACAGCAGUCAUUAUUAGAAAAAAUAAGUUGGUUGUCUAUUCAGUUGGAAAUCAGAUCUCCAAGGGACCCUUCGUUGAUGAGGGAAGACUGUUUUGUUGUUUCUUUUUUUUUUUUUUUCAUUUUGUUUUGUCUGCAAAUGCAUUUACUUGCAAAUCCUCAAAUCCUUCUGCUGUACCAGUGUUGCAUGCAGUGCCACUGCUGUAUGUAUCUGUUCUCCAAGCUCCGUCAAGGGUCACAACAAAUGAAAGAAAAAGCAAAACAAACGGAGGAAUAACAAACCUUGAUGGAAAAAAAAGGAUCAGGCCUGUUGUGUAUUCAGCUGGAAUCAGGCGUCAAAUCUU